AUGGACAACCCGGUACCCGAUGGGCGACCCAUGUGGACGCUGUUUUUCGACGGGACACUCUUCAAGCGUUACCAAGACUACCUACGGAGUCAUGACCUCACCAAGAUUCUGGACAAUAGAGCCAGUGCUGUGAGAAGUAACUCCCUUUCGUCAGAGCCACCUGUGUUAAAUGAUGACACAAACUGGUUACCUCCCCUCGGGAAUAAAUCUACGGAAACCAAUGGGGCUACACCGAUAUCUCGUAUGACAUCAACCAAUUCUGAGAAUUUUCUGACAGCAGUUGAGAAGAAGCGGCGGAACAGACGUACAACGGGGUGUGUGGUUCUUGGAAUACUGUCCUUGGGAGCUAUAGCGGCAGCGGUGGCCCUCAUCAUUCACUUUGUCUUUGUGAAAAGUAAAGACCACGUGUCGAACAGUGCCCCUAUCCACAUCCCCGGAAGUGACACUCAUCACAAAAAUCUUAGUGCUUUAGUUAACGAUUCCCGACGGCUUGGCAUUGCCCCAUUGUCCAAUCUAAAUAUACCUAAGUUAGAAAAUAUUCCUACCGUCAAAGAGGGCGAUGGCAAACCACAGUUUAUACCUCUCAAACCGAUGGAGUCAGCCACUAAUAAUCCCAAACUGGCACAGUCCAUUAAAAUGAAGGACAUGUACCAAACGAUUGGAUCUAGUGGAAUAUUUUCCUGUAGUGUAAAUGGCAUCUCUAACUGGUCGUCUGUAUUUGUACGCGGAAAACGUAAAUCUCAUUCCCCUGGUAUAUUUGAAUUUGUUUUAACAUCUUCGGGAGAAUUUUCAUUAAAGGGAAAUAACUCUGAUAUGGUCGUGCGACACAAUAAGCAGAAAAAUCUUGAAGAUUUAAGCCUUGAUAAUGUAUUAGUGUAUAUCGCCUACACAGAAAUCACGUGUGACAAUCAGGAUACGUUGACAUGUGGGGUACAGGCGGGCGGCGAGACGGACAGCCGGACAGCAAAAGUGGUCAUCACAGUGGAUCCGGCACCGGAGGUGACGAUGAAGAUUCCAGUUCAGGUGAUUGAGGGAGAAAAACUCGUGAUUUCGGCCUCAUGGAUGGCAGGAUAUCCUGACCCUCACGGUAAUCUAAGUUGGUCCACAUCUGGACCAGGGAAAAACACUCCUACCGAUUUUUUCUCUGGUUCUGACACGACAUGGACUUUAAAACGGUACGAGAGAAAAUGCGAGACGGUUGUCGAUUCAUACACCACGUUCAAGCCAAAGUUAAAAUGGAACGGAACAGAGAUCACAGUAAAGCCCGAUAUCACACCAGUGGCAGGAGGAGAAAUCCCAGAUCUGAAUAUCAAGUCAGCGAAGGAACUUCUUUAUAUUGUUCCAGAAAAUCACUGUGAUGGCUUCACCAACGACACCAGAAUAGCUCAUCCGUACACGUGCACUAAGUUUGUACGAUGCAUGCCUGACAAAAUGCUCAUCUACCCUUGCCCGGAACAAACCUGCUUUCAUGAGAACUCCAAGCAAUGUGACUAA